GGGAGUGUGUUGUUUAGCCGAUAUGCUAUCGCACUCUUUCUCUUAUUGGCUUGAUAAAAUAAAGUAUUGUUCGUUAUAUUUGCAGUCGCUUAUCUGUCUUUGAAAUAUAAACAACACUAGGCUAAAAAUAAUACAAUAGGUACUCGAUUGAAUUUAAGACUUUGAUUUUGGCAGAGUUGCUGACCGGGAAGUAAAUGUCACGUUCCGGACCCCUGGCCCUUGGAAUCUUCCUAGCCUUCCUCCCAAACACCCCCCGUUACGGCGCCCCUGAACGUGAGAUUACUGGGGUUGAAGGAGCUGUUUAUAUUUGCACUGAGGAUUCUUUCCCUAUCAAACGACUAAGGCAACUCAUUGCCCUGCAGCCCCGGCUCAGAGCAGAUCUGCCACCAGCUGUGAUCCACAGUCAGCGUUUUAGCGACAACAUCUACAUCGAGCAUGCAGUUGACCUGGAGGCUCUGCAGGCGUGCGUGUCUCAGCGUGUGCCCGUGUUGCUGAAGCGAGGGCUGGUCAGACUGCUGGUGCUGGACUCUGUGGCGGCUCUGUUUCGCAGUGAGUUCCAGGCUGAUGAGGCUGUACAGAGGUCACGCCACCUGCUGGCCUUUUCCAACACACUUCACCGCCUGAGUCAUGAAUAUGGUGCACCUGGAGUCUGCGUCAACCAGGUUACAGAUGUUGUGGACGGACCAAAUCCAGGACGGUGCGACUAUGGGCUGGUGGGCAGUAAGGUGCUUCCUGCAUUGGGCAUCGCUUGGGCUAACCAGGUAAUGGUGAGACUCAUGCUCAAGAGACUGGUGGGGCAAGUACAAUCAGACAGCCGAAGCAGUGCUCCUCGAAAAUUAGAAGUGGUUUUCGCCCCACACCUCCCUCGAGUGAGCUGCCUGUGUGGGGUUUGGGAAGAAGGAGUGAGAGGGAUCCCUGAUGACCACUCGGACCUGCAGCCACCGGGCUCUUUAUGAUGAAUUAUCGGCAGAAGGAGCAGAUGGAGAGGACUACAUUCACCACAACAUGGCAGUUAACAGCUGCUAAUGGACAUAAAUGUUCAUGAAGAACAUUUGAAUGUUUUUGUGAUUUUUGUGUAGAAUGGCUAAAUUUUUGCCAUUUGAAAUUAAUGCACAUUAUUAUUAAUAUAA